UGGAGGGGGGAGGUUUUUGUUGAGGAGAGCGCGGCCAGAGAGCAGAGCUCCGGGACCCAGGUGACCGGGAAAGCAGGCAGCCUCAGCGCCGGGUGCAGCCAGCAGCAGCCCAGACCCGGGGUGGGGUGGGAGGGGGGCUAAGGGGAGGACCUGAAGGGGGGCGGCAGGGCUGAAGGGACCCCCGGAGCCCUGCCGCCAUCAGAGAUCAAGCAUCUGGCAUCAGGGAUCUUCGGACCCAGCAGAAGGAUCAGCCACAGGGGAGGUGUCUUCCAGGGGAAGCCAACGAGAGAUCCACCUGCCCCACAUCAGGAGUGGGCCCCUCACUGAAGCUGCUGGCAACUAUAUCAGGCCCAUAACCCCUCAGCCCCCAUCCCAACCGCCCUCCUCCGGCUCUUUUCCCGACCUCCAGCUCUCAUCUCAGCCCCCAGUUUCCAGUCUUGUACUCCUCAGCCCUUGCUACCAUCCUGACCCUCCAGAUCUUGGCCACAACUGACCCCCAUCCUGGGAUAUUUGCCAAAUCUCUGGGAGGGAGAUCUUGUUUGGGCUAUGCCCCCUGGUGGCAUGACAGCGUCUGCCUAGCCCCCUGACCCCUAGCCCUCAACUCCCUCGGCCUCCUUUGUGUGAAGAGCCGCCCCUCUGCUCAGCAGUGUGGUUGGGGGCCUACGGGAAAGCCAGCCCCGGCUGUGCCCCCGGCCCCCACCACUUCCCUCUUGAGAGGCAGCUCCCCCUGGCCUUUGGGCUUCUCCCCGCUCCCCUCGGCCCCUCCUCCUGGGCCGCCCCAAUGAAGGAGCCGGAUGCCAUCAAGCUAUUUGUGGGGCAGAUCCCGAGGCAUCUGGAGGAAAAGGACCUGAAGCCCAUCUUCGAACAGUUUGGUCGGAUCUUCGAGCUGACUGUCAUCAAGGACAAGUACACUGGGCUGCACAAGGGAUGUGCCUUCCUGACCUACUGUGCCCGCGAUUCAGCCCUGAAGGCCCAGAGUGCCCUGCACGAACAGAAGACACUGCCAGGGAUGAACAGGCCAAUCCAGGUCAAACCAGCCGACAGCGAGAACAGAGGAGAAGACCGGAAGCUCUUCGUGGGGAUGCUAGGGAAGCAGCAGACAGAUGAGGACGUGCGGAAGAUGUUUGAGCCUUUUGGGACCAUAGACGAGUGCACUGUGCUCCGAGGCCCAGAUGGCACCAGCAAAGGCUGUGCCUUUGUAAAGUUCCAGACCCAUGCUGAGGCCCAGGCGGCCAUCAACACCCUCCACAGUAGCCGGACCUUGCCGGGUGCCUCGUCCAGCCUGGUGGUGAAGUUUGCUGACACGGAGAAGGAGCGAGGCCUCCGCCGGAUGCAGCAGGUGGCCACGCAGUUGGGCAUGUUCAGCCCCAUCGCCCUCCAGUUUGGAGCCUACAGCGCCUACACCCAGGCUCUGAUGCAGCAGCAGGCAGCCCUGGUAGCGGCUCACAGUGCCUACCUCAGCCCCAUGGCCACCAUGGCUGCAGUGCAGAUGCAGCACAUGGCCGCCAUCAAUGCCAAUGGCCUCAUCGCCACCCCUAUCACUCCAUCCUCAGGAACCAGCACCCCUCCUGCCAUUGCUGCCACGCCCGUCUCUGCCAUCCCUGCUGCCCUGGGCGUCAAUGGCUACAGCCCGGUGCCCACCCAGCCUACUGGGCAGCCUGCCCCUGAUGCUCUGUAUCCCAACGGGGUACAUCCCUACCCAGCCCAGAGCCCCGCAGCCCCUGUGGACCCCCUGCAGCAGGCCUACGCAGGGAUGCAGCACUACACAGCAGCCUACCCAGCAGCCUACAGCCUGGUUGCGCCUGCAUUUCCGCAGCCUCCGGCCCUGGUCGCCCAGCAGCCCCCUCCACCCCCGCAGCAGCAGCAACAGCAGCAGCAGCAGCAACAGCAGCAGCAGCAACGAGAAGGCCCCGAUGGCUGCAACAUCUUUAUCUACCACCUGCCCCAGGAGUUCACGGACUCAGAGAUCCUCCAGAUGUUUGUCCCCUUUGGUCAUGUCAUCUCAGCCAAAGUCUUUGUUGACCGGGCCACCAAUCAGAGCAAAUGUUUUGGCUUUGUGAGUUUCGACAAUCCAGCCAGUGCCCAGGCUGCCAUCCAGGCCAUGAAUGGUUUCCAGAUCGGCAUGAAGCGUCUCAAAGUGCAGCUAAAGCGACCCAAGGAUGCCAACCGGCCCUACUGAGGGCCCCCAGGUCUGGAGAUACCAGAAGAAGGGGCACCACACCCCUUUUCCCACAACUGGCCCUCUGCACAUCUGCCCUGGGCCUUGAUUUGGCUCUGAGGCAAAGCUGCUUCCCGGCCCUGGGGGAACAGGACACCCAUCCACUCCCUCUCCUGAAGGGCCAUAGUAUGCUUCGAGGCUUCAAGGGCCCAUUUCCUCCAGGCACCUUUUUUGGCUUUUGUGAGGGAGCAAGGGAUAGGAGAGUAGGCUCUGGGGUAUCUGCCUUCUGCUGGGCUCCUGACGGGCCUUCGGCCCAGUUUUCGUACCACUUGCCUCCCCAUGGUGGGCCUGCUCCACCCAUGAGGGCAUCUGGGGCUCCCAUACUUCCCACCCCACAGCGCCCCAGACUCUUCCCCAUAUUAGGGGUUUUUCAGAAGCUGGAUCUCACACUCCCUCUACCCUCAACUAGAGGUAGGACAUCCCUGAACCCCGGGCUCCCAGCCCUAAAGCUCACUGCCUCCUCCAAAGGCACCCUUCUAAGGAGGGUGUGGGGAGCCCUGAGGGCUGCCUCUCUACCCAUCAGCCACAGAGACCCUCCUCCUCUCAUGAGGAAAGACCUCCCCCUGAACCCUAAAAAUGUUUACAGUCUCUGCUGGUCCCCUCCGUGUAAAUACCACUACCACCCGUGCGUUAUCCAGCCGGCCCGGCCCGGACGCUGCCAUCUCUCUUUCUGGGAGUUUAGACAAUGUUCCCCUUGGAUUUUUUUUUUCCUCUUGAUUUUGCCCUUUGGUUUUUUGGGAGUAACUGGGUAUUUGGGAUGAGGGAUGAGGGGAGGGCUGAAAGGGUUUAUUACUUGAUCAUUUUCUUUAGGAAAAGGUUCUAGGGAAAAGAAAAUGGGGUGGGGGUGGGGGUGGUAAAGGGAAGAUGGAGUGUCAGUUUCAGACAGUUCUCUAUGCUUAACUUAUUUAUUUAUUGCAUUUUACUUUUAAAGAGUUGGUCUUUUCUGUCUAAAUAAAGAAAAAUUUAAAAGCAUCAAGUAAGAGUUUUGGACAACCGAGCGUAGGCUGUGUGCCAUUUCCCUGAGGAGGGAGAGGGAGGUGAAGAGAGCAACAUUUUUAAGAGAAAACACUUAAUCAAUGAAGACCUGUUUUUGAGCACUACUCAGAUCUUGCUCACUUCAU